GCCAGUACUUUUUGAAUAGUUCUUAGUUCAAUAAACAUAAAUAUGCUGCAUGCUGCUUCUACUUUUUCCAUUGUAGAAGAAAAAUAUUCCUGAAAAGAUUUUUUCUUUCAAAUGUUGUCUUUUCCAGAGGCUAUUUGUACAAUUGAACUUAGCUUCUACAUGCUGCAUAUGAAAUUUCCACUUGCUGCACACUGUUCCUGCUGUAAAAGAAGACUAAUGCCUGUUGAGCAUUCUGUACUCUCAAGGGCAUUAUAAGGCUGCAAGCACUGAUUCGUGGUCACUUAGUCAGAAAACAAGCUGUUGCUACUUUAUGCAGUCCAAGGGGAAUUGUUAAGUUCCAGGCACUAGUUCGUGCCCAAAAGGUCAGACACACAGAUAUUGCUAUUGAAGUGCAAAAAAUAUAUCUGAUAGCUCUUCUGGUAAUUUUUCACCCUUCCAUUCAUGAUUUCUGACAAAAAGAUUUGUGGUACUAGUUGUUUAUGCUUUUGUGUUUGUUUCUGUUUGUGUUUAUCUGUGUUUUCUUACCAGAAUAAGGUGAGUUAUGUUAUUGUGUCAACAUUAAUGAUGGUCCUAUGAAAAUUUUGAGAUGUUAUCAGAUUGAGGUUAACUAUCUGACAAAAGCACUGUAUACCUCUACUCAAAUAUGUAUUUGAGGCUUCUGAAUUGCUAAUUUCUUCAUGCCAUGCCUUUAAGCUAGCUUUUACUGAAUUUUCUAUUUUCUGAACAGGUUACUAAAUCCUCCAGUGAAUUAAGUCCAUCAGCUAGAGUGAAGAAUCUAUCUAAUAAUGCUUUUGUUAGGAAGCUUCUGUCUUCAUCACCUACCGUGUUGCCUUUACGGCUUCAGUAUGGGCCAGGGGAACCUAAUUCAGCCAGGGAGUGGCUUGAAUGCUGGAUGAGAUUGCGCUUCUGGGAACCUUCUCAACCAAUUAGGAGUCUUGCCUCAAAGUCUCAGGCGAAGGUUGAAUGUAAUGACCAUGAGCAAGGCAAGACCAAAUGAACUAUCCAGAAACUGCCCAAUGGAAAAGCUGAAAAUGGCUCCAAUCGUGCUAGUUCAGAGAAUGUAAAACACAAAUGCAAUCCAAGGAAAUUUUCCACAAACCCAGCUGAUCCAGUUUGGGAACAACCCCAAAAUGAGAUCAAGAAGGUUGAGCGCAACUUGAGGAAAAUACCUGACUCUACAAAGGAGAUCUCUGGCAGGGCAGAAGUGAAUACUGAGACUCCAAAUCAAUCUCUAAUGAAAACUUCUGCUUCUAUGGUAGAUGUUUUUGAGGGGGAUUCUGCCGAGAAGAGGAACAUUGUUAGUGUUGAAUCAGCAAAACUAUCAAAUCUUCAGGCCAGUCCAAAACUGUCAACUGCAAAUGAUUCUGUUGGAGAAUCAAACACUGCCCCUGCUGCAAACUCACUAACUACAAAAAACAAUGGUAAAGUUCAGAACAUGCAUGCAACUGAUGAACGGUUAAGCUCCAAGGAUGGCAUUAGCAGCAGUGAGAACUUGAACACAAGCCAAAGAAGAGUUUCUUUACCUGGAAAGAUUGAUAAUAAAGAGAAUGGUUUAGAUAGCACACCAAAAGUCCCAAGUUAUAUGGCACCUACCAAAUCUGUUAAGGCUAAGCUCAGAGGACAAGGCUCCCCAAGAUUUUCACAUGAUGUAAUAGAGAAAAAUGGGUAACCAGGCAGCAUUCUCUGCCAUCUGCUACCAGUAGCAACUUAAGUUCACUAUCACCAAGGGCAUAGAGAUUGGUUCAAGCAUCUGGAAAAGGGGCUAUGAGAAAUGACAAAUCAAUUUCAUCAUCUAGAGAUGCUGGUGGUAAGAAAACUUGAGCCCUUUUUCACAUGCCUUGUGUUUUUGGCGUGCAAUGUGAGUAUACUUUUGGAUAUAUUACUUAUAUAUAAGUUUAUAAAAGGACUCAUUUGUACAUGCACUUAUGUCUUGAUCUGUAUGUGCACUUUUGCAUAAAAUAUAUUGGUUCUUUGUAAUAUAAAACAUGUUUAGCAGU